GGAGGUCGAGAGCCGAAAGGUGCUCGGCUGACGUCAGCUCCCCUCAACGUGGAUAGUGCAUUAGGUAGGGAUAAGUGGGAAAAGCCCGCGUCCGCUUAAACCCUCCCUCGCGAGGCGACACAUGUCGCGCCUUUAUAGCACUCCCUUGUCCAUCAUUCCAACCACUGGUCGAAUCCCCUCCACUCCUCCACCUGCAGAAAGAUUAUACAGUCAUGGCAGAUCCAGAACGAAUUUAUCCGGCCAACGAGGUCGUAGAGAAAGCGGCAAAGGCACGCAAGUACCCGGCGUCAAGCGUUCCUCUGGCGCCGAGAUCAAGCCUCGUGUCGGAAAAAGGAGACCCCGGCCGUAAUCCAGGCCGAAUUGUGAACAUGCAGCAUCCAAAGGAACAAGUCAUUCCCCAACGGAAUACCCCCCGAUAUUACUCCCGCCCUCCAAAGCGCCGCCGCAAUAUCUGCUGUCGCUGCCUCGUCUGGACAUUUUGCCUCCUGCUGAUCUUUAUCGUAGCCAUUGCCAUAGCAGCCGGAGUUCUCUACGCCGUUUUCCAGCCCGGGAUACCCAAAUAUUCCGUCAACAAAAUUCAGAUCACGAGUUUCGCCGUCGGCACAGAUGAUACCGUUUCGUCGCAGUUUGUGGUGGGAGUGCAGGCGAGGAAUCCGAACAAAAAGAUCGGCAUAUAUUACUUAGAUGACAGCUAUCUUGCGGUUUUCUACUCCGACACAGAGCUUUCCAGGGGCUCUCUACCGGCGUUUUACCAGGGGCACAAAAAUACUAGUGAUUUGAACGUUGUUCUUACCGGGACUAAUGUGCAGAUCACCAGUGAAGUCGUUUCGUCGUUGAGUACUCAGGGGAAGGACGGAAAGAUUCCUCUGCUUUUGAAGGUGGAUGUUCCCGUGAAAGUCAAGUUUGGGAAACUGAAAACAAUGAAGAUUACUUUUCAUGUGCGUUGUGAUCUGCUCGUGGACAAGCUGGAGGCCAACACCAGUAUCAUUAUUAGUUAUACAAAUUGCAAGUUGAAGCGUUGAGGAGGAGGAAGGGAUUUGUUGAUUUGAUUUGUUUAUGAGAUUUCUGCAGUUCAUGAUAUUUUUAUAUUAGAUUAUGUAAAUUUUUUUUUUCAAUAUAUAUUAUAUUUUCUGA